AUGGCUUUGGCAAACUUCACGCUCGCAGGCGUCGGUGCGGCGACGCCGGCGUUCGUGGCUCCUUCCUCGACACCUCUGCGCGUCGACCUUGAUGACCUACUAUACUCCCCUGACGAGUAUCAGUCAGAUGCGCCAUCUCCACCACAACAGGGAAUCAACGAACCUUUUGCUCCACCUGCAAAUCAACAAAGAAGGCCAAAAGUAAGAAAGCGCGCUGGUACUGCAUAUCUCCCUCCCGCUAACCAAUAUACACAAUAUCAUGGUAAUCCGCCGCAAAACCCUUACCAAUUACAUGCACAGAUUUACCAGAACACAAGACUUGACGUACAAAUUGAAGAUCAACGUAUACGUGAAGUGAAUACACAGUAUGAUAAUGCGGGACACUAUGUGCACGAUCCUAGUGGUGACUAUGAUUAUGAGCAAAGGAGAAUGAACCAAAAUCCACAAAGUCCAGGUCAUAACCCUGGUUUUGCGGAGACACCUUAUGAACCACCAUUAACUAGUACCCCUACUUCUAGUCGAAGAUUCGAUGGAAAAUUGAAUCAGAAUGUAAACAACUUCAAUUUUAAUAGACCACCAAUUACGACAUCGCCGCCUAGGCCACCUAGUGAGAAUACUAAGACUGGAAGAGGUGGCGGGAGUGAACAGACAGGUUCUGAUACGCCACGUGGUUUCACAAAAGUAGAAUCGGGAGGAUCCGGUGGUAAAACGCAGUUGCACGCAGUGCUGGACUAUGAUGAUGAUGAAUACUAUGACGACUCUGAAUCAGAUUCAGGGCAACCGCCUGUGACUCCGUUGCAAGGUCCAAUACUCCUGCGCAACGGUUCAGUGCCUGUUGUGCCACUCACUUCGUACCGAACGACCAACAACGGCUCCUACUACCAAAUACCUAUAUUAUGGACAGCACUGUCGUUAGCAUUGGGCUACGAACUCCAAGGACAAAUCAUCAGAGGGGUUCCAUGCGUGAAAAGAAACUUCCAAUUAUAUUGUCCAACUGCUGGCAAUACAUAUCCUUUAGAUAAAAUUGAAAACUUCAUCGAUGAGAACAAAGCGUUAAUAAAGCGUAUGUAUGGUUCCUUCACUACGCCAGCAGGGAAUCGAGUGCGUAGAGCUCCAGGAGUACCUGACAUGCACGAUGCAACAGGCGACUCGUACUUUAGACAUGUGAGGCAAGCUUCUAACACAAAGCUGCCGGACCCGCAGUCGGUUAACAAUACUGGCAGGGUAGACGCUUGCGAAAGCAAGACCGAAAUAAUGACGCCGUACUGGGCUCUGAACUCAGCGCGAAAGCUGCGCGCAAUCGUCAACACUAUGCAUUUUGAACAGGCGAUACACCAAGAAACCUGCAGUAAAAAGACUACAUCCCGAUGUUCACGCGACUGCGGAUGUGAACAAAAAUACAAAUGGCAUCGACUUCUGGCGUACGACCCCAACGACGACUGUGCAGGAAUAUUCAUGGACUGGUUCUUGUUCCCUUCAUGUUGUGUUUGUAGAUGUAAUCCAUAA